AAAACAACAACAAAAACAACAUUAUCAACCACAAAGAGCUAAACAACAACCGGAACCAACGAUAUUAUCAAAUGAAUUGGAACAACAACAACAACAACUACCACCAUCUUUAACAACAACAACAGCAAAAUUAUUACAAAAAUAUUAUCAAAAAUUAUUACCACCAUAUAAUAUUGAUGAUGAUGAUAAUAAUGAUGAUGUUGUUGUUGUUUUUGAUCGACAACAACAACCAAGACGACAACAACAACAAGAAUUUAAUCCAUAUGAAGAAUCAGCAGCAGCCAUUAUUCAACAACAACAACGAUUACCAUUCUUAUUGAAUAAUCAAAAUCCAAAUCAAAACAAUGCUGCUAUUUUUCUUAAUGGAGCUGAAGGAUUAUUAAGUAAAUAUAAAAAUUCCAAUAAUCGACCUACUGCUGUUUUACGAAGGGAAUUUCAUCAACAACCAAAACAACAACAACCAUUCAUUGAUGAUGAUCUAAAUAGACUUUUAGUUUCGAUACAAAACAUACAACCAUCAUCAUCAAAUGAUGAAAGAAAUAUUGAUUAUUUGGAUGAUGAAAAUAGAAUAGCUUCUGCUGCUGCUGUUGUUAAUCCUGCUGCUUUUAAUGAUGGUGAUUUCGAUGUCGAUGAACAACAAUUAUUGAAUUUUGCCAAUUUUAUUGGCACUGGUGUUGGCAAUAGACAACCGAUUGCUUUUCAGGAUGAUGAUGAUAAUGUAAACUUGAAAAAUUUCGAAAAUUUCAAUCGAAAAUGGAAAUUAAUGAAACAUCCAUCGACAAAUUACAGGCAAUCUUCUUCUCCGUUGGUAUUUAGUGAAGAAAAUAUGGCCAUACCAUACGAUGAAAUUGAACAAACAAAAAAAAGAAAAAGUCAUGAUGAUGACGCAACAGCAGCGAAAAUCAAUAGUGUUAAUCAUGAUAAUCAUCAACAACACCAACAAAAAUCAUUGAUGCAACCGGAAAAAAGAUUACAGGUUGGAUCAUCAUCAUUGAAACAACAACCAUCAAAUAUAAUGAACAGUAAACAUUCAAUACAAAUACCUAAAUCAUAUCAAUUAUCAAUGAUGAUGAAUAAUAAUAAUGAUGGAAAAAGUUCAAUGGAAUCAAAAUUUAGUAGUUUAUCGGAUAUUUAUUUUAUUGCUAUAGUAGCAUGUAUAAGUACAGUAGCAAUAUUUUCGGUAAUUGGUGCCGGUUAUUGUUUCUAUAAAGUACAACAAAGUAAUAAAGCAGCAGCGGAUGUUGAUUUUCCUGCCUAUGGUGUUAUUGGUCCGGUUAGUCGAAGUGGUGGUGGUGGUAGUACUCUUGGUGGUGAUAAUAAUGAUGGUAAAUGUCAAUCACCAAAUAAUGAUAGAAAAUUAGUACAAAGUGCACAAAUCUAUCAUUAUCAUCAUCAAAAACAACAGAUGAUUUCAACUGAAAAAAAUUCAAAUGUACCGAAAAAUAAUACAAUGGGUUCGGAUAUUGAAUCGGAUGAAGAAAAUGAAGAUGGUGAAUAUACUGUUUAUGAAUGUCCGGGUUUAGCACCAACCGGUGAAAUGGAAAUAAAAAAUCCAUUAUUUCAAGAUGAUUUAACACCAAUGUCAUCACCAUCAGUUAAUAAUGGUACAUCAUCGUCAUCAUCGGCAACAAGCAAGCAAACAACACCAAAAGAUUUAAAUGAUUCAACAAAACAAUCGAUAAUCAAUAAUAAUCAACAUCAACAGCAGCAACAACAACAAAAAUCGGAAAAACAAAAACAACAACAACAACAAAUGGCCAAAUAA